GGCUGCCGAGAGUCGACAAGGAGCUGUGGAUAAACGUCAACAGGAAAUAUCAAUGAAAACCAAACUGGUUGUAUUUAUUAAUUAAUGCUUUACUAUUCUCGGUGGUAUUACUUGAAUAACCUCGACAGUUAUUUUGAAUUUAGUCUAAUUUAAUUAUAAUAAUUUACGGAUAGCAUUAUUGCGUUUAAAUACUGAUCACGAGCUAAGAGGCUAACUAGCCUAGCUUCAGCUAAAAGACAUGAACUCUCUGGUUGGCUACGGUGUGUCCUCUGAGUCUGACAGUGAUGGUGAUGAUGAUGAUGUAUCUGAGGUGACCAACGCUGGAGUCAGUUCCCUGAAAGAGUCGGGUGAUGAGGGGACAGCUGUCAACAAAACCCGCAACCUUUUAGAGUCUGGUUCUGCUUCCAGUGAGUCCGGCAGUGAAUCUGACCCAGAGGAGCCAGUCCUGGACCAGCGUUCAUUACCAUCACAUUCCCAAACUACAGCCUGCCAGUUCACUCUGACUCCAGCCUCCCUGGGCUCCGCCACCUCUAAUAAACUGCCUCCUCCUCGUCUGCACGCCUGCUCUGACAGCAGUGUGUUUACCAACCCAUUCAAAGCUCAGGCGGACCAGAAGCUCAACGCCUUGCAGAAACACGUCCCCCUCACGAUGCAGGCAAAGCCCUCCCAGAUAGGAGGCAAAAGGGUAUGCGUGUCAUACAGGAAAGACAGAAGGUGCAGGUUCGGGAUCAAAUGCAAGUUUGCUCAUGACAGUGACCUUCAGACCCCCACCGCUCCCACUGACUGUCAUCCACCUGUGAUUGAUGAGGCUCCAGUAUCAGAAAAUGCUGAGUCCCACACACACGGCUCAGGCGGGGGACGAUCCCAGUCAUCAACAACAGUAGAAGAGCAGCAAGUGAAGAGGAGAGUUGGACUUAGCAAUACCUUGAUUCCUCCCAAACGAGCUAUGAAGCAGUACGCCAUGCAAAGGGACAGAGAGCGCAUAAAUAUGCCCUGAUGGGUCUUUCAUGAGCUAUUAGACUGUGCUGUCAUUAAGCAAUAGCAUGUAGUGGGGUGACAAAUGUAAUCUCACUGUGUGCAUGUAGGAGCUGUUCAUAGAAGGUUCAAUUUCUAGCUUACGUAUGUAAGCACCCCCCACCACCACCACACACUGAAGUGUGUACAGGAGGAGCUGGGGAGUAAAACACCCACUGAACCACAGCUCCUCCAGAUAUAUAGAAAUAUCGUUUUGUUUUGUUCCUAAAAGGCAAUAAAGUCACAGGUAAAUGUUAAGACAUUUAUUUACAUUAUAUAAAUGAA